CUUUUUUCUGUCUCAGUUUUUAUUUAUUCUUUAAAUCUAUUUUUUUGCACUCCAGUAACUAUAAUGCUAUCUCAAAAUGUUGUAAAUUUCAUAAAUCAUGUUUUUAUUGUGCACUUAAGGUGUACUCAAUCAAACUAUUUUAAGAAUGGUGUUUAUUUGAUAUUGCAAAUUAACUUAAUGUACGUAGUUACUUUCCACCCAUGUAAACCAUUACAUUUCACAAUUAUAGUGUACCCUUUAAAUUUAACCUAACCUUUUUUUUUUUUUUUUGACGACACACCUGAUGGCGGAAGUCCUGUGGCCUACAAAAUGACGAUUUCCGCUUUCAGUUUAAGAUGAUGGACAAGCGAGUCAUACGCAGUGUAACCGGCGGGCACUGAGACCACGCGGAACGUGCUGUGCUGUCAGUUAGCCGUUGAUGCUCCUCGUUCACACCGGAUAGACACCAGCUGAGAUCCUACGUCUGUGUGGACAGACUGGAAUAUUAAUUCAUAACUCACCUUCUUUUCUCUCUUUAACUUAUGUGUUCAUGAUGAGGUGAGGAUGGCUAAGCGACCGGGGACUGACGACGGGAUGUUGACUUCUUCGCCGACCAUUCUCCGGGACUUCGCGUCCGAUUCGAGCCCCGGAGACGUGGUGAACAUGGACCGCAGCGACGGAGGAGCCGCGGAGGUCUCCCUGGAAGACAUCCUGAAACUGUACAGCCAGCCGAUCAACGAGGAGCAGGCCUGGGCCAUGUGUUAUCAGUGCUGUCGGACUUUAGCGCAGAAACGUCGGAGGAAAAGCUCCAAGUCUGCCGGCGGCUCAGCCGCCGUCGACUACCCGAAGAGGAUCGAGGGACCCGGUGAUGUGAGGAUUGGGAGAGACGGGAACGUGAAGCUGCUCUUUGAGGACGACACAGAUAAAUACCAACCGGCUGCAACGUCGUUAGAGGUCAUUGACUCAUUGGGUGUCAUGAUUUACAAAGCUCUAGACUACGGCCUCAAAGAAAAUGAGGAGCGUGAACUCAGCCCGCCGCUGGAGCGCCUGAUCGACAUGAUGACCAACGCCGAAAAAAACCAGAGUGACCCCUGCCCUGAUGAGGGCUACGAAGCCACAGAGGAGGAGGAUGAGUGUGAGGAGGAAGGAGAGGAGGAGGAGGAGGAGGAAGAAGAGGAGGAAGAAGAAGAAGAAGAGGAGCCCGUCUCCGCCGCCACCACCACCAGCUCCGUCAGCAGCAUUCGCAGCUAUCGAGACCUCAUGACGCUAUGCGCUUCCCACCUGCCCAGCACAUCCGGCGCCGCGAGUCAUUACCAGGCUGUGUGUCGUGCUCUGUACGCCGAGACCAGGGAACUACACACCUUUCUGGAGAAGAUCAAGAAUGCCAAAGAGAACCUUCGGAAAAUGGAAGGCGGGACUCGGGAGGAACCUGUUGGAGACCUCGAUGAGCUGCAAAAUGCAGAUUGGGCACGGUUCUGGGUGCAGGUGAUGCGAGAUCUACGAGAUGGUGUUAAAUUGAAGAAGGUUCAGGAGCGUCGGUAUAACCCGUUACCCAUUGAAUACCAGCUCACCCCGUACGAAAUGCUGAUGGACGAUAUCCGCUCCCAACGCUACAAGCUGCGAAAAGUCACGGUGAAGGGAGACAUCCCACCGAGGUUAAAGAAGAGUGCUCAUGACAUCAUUCUUGAUUUCAUCAGGUCGAGACCGCCUCUCAACCCUGUUGCAGCCCGUAAACUGAAACCCCACCCGGCACGUCCCCGGAGCCUCCACGAGCGACUGCUGGAUGACAUCAAAUCUGAAAGGAAGCUCAGGCCGGUCUCACCCGACAUGAUCCGCAGAAACCGCCUAGUCAUGCGACCUCUUAGCAUGUCUUACAGCUUUGACUCAUCAGGUGCAGGGAAAAGCAUCAGCACUCCUCAGGACUUGUUCCGCGGCUCAGACACUCCUGAUGCACCCAGGAAAUUGGCUGUCAGCACCCAGCUUUUGGAUAGUGGCCCCCUGCUGGGACCAAAUCAAGGUGGAGCCCAGCCCCUUAGCCAGAUGAAGAGGCUGCUUAAAGCGCCCGCACUGGCUGAGCUGGACAGCUCCGAAUCUGACGAGGAGCCCACACAGAGCAGCUCCAGUAUGUCCACAUCUUUGACGGAGGACAUGUCACCUGAGCCUGUCGUAGGUAAGAAGGUUCCUCCAAAGUUCUUGCCUGUGUCUGCGACCCCACAGCCGGACAAGCGUCGGUCUCCACAGAGGCGGCACUCAAUCGAGAAGGAGGCCCCCACCAAUGUCACCCCCUUUCUACCUCCAUCCAGACAGAGCUCCAAGUCUUUGCUGAUGGCGGAUCCCAGUGCCAAGGUGGAAGCCGCCAGCGGUGCUCAGGGCACGGAGGAGUUCUGCUACCCAGUGGAGUGUCUGGCUCUGACGGUGGAGGAGGUGAUGCACAUCAGACAGGUUCUGGUCAAGGCAGAGCUGGAGAAGUUUCAGCAGUACAAAGAAAUCUACACUGCCCUCAAGAAAGGAAAGGUCUGCUUUUCAUGUCGGACCAAGAGGUUCUCUCUCUUUACCUGGUCCUACACCUGCCAGUUCUGCAAAAGGCCUGUGUGUUCCCAGUGCUCUAAAAAGAUGCGGCUGCCAUCCAAGCCCUACUCGACCCUGCCCAUCUUUUCUUUGGGCCCCAGUACUGUGGCUAAAGAAGAGGCAAGUGGAGCGUCUGCCCCAGCUGUGCCAGAAAGGCACCCAUUCGGGUCUGGAUACAGCCGAAACAGCCUACGCAGAAGUGCUUACAAGUUGUCGAAGCAAAGCGGCAGCAGUACCAGCAAAGAUGGACAGUCGCAGGAUGAGCCUGAGCUGCCCAAGGAGCUUACUGAGAACUGGGUCACCAUGGAGAUCUGUGUAGACUGCAAAAAGUUCAUCACGGAGAUCAUCACCUCCAGCAAGCGCAGCCUGUACACGGCCACCAAACGCGCCCGUCUCAAUCGCAAAACCCAAUCGUUCUACAUGUCGUCGUCUAACUCGGUCAACUUCAGGCCUUCUGAGCGCACCAUCAAUGAGGUGUAGGAGGUGGGACUGCCCUUUGCACUUUUCUUCACGCCUCUCCUAGAGCUGAGUCGUUCAAUGAGGGGAAAAAAACAAAAAAAACAACCUUCAAUGAAGCAAGUCCAUCCCCGCCCCAAAGUUUAUGAAGGUUCUUAUACCUUACCCUGUCUCAGGGAAAGUUGGCAGGCUAUGAUUGGUCAUGACUGGUCAGGACUGUAUGGUAGCUGCCAGAUAACAAAGGAGAGCCAUGUUUCUAUAAAUAAAUCAGUGACAUCAAUUAAUUGCUGAUGUUGCAAUUGUGAUCCAGGUAAGAGAAUGUAUAUUUGACAUUAAAGUGGGAUCCAGAAAGCCAGAAAGCCAAAAGCUGCAGUGAUAAUAUGUAAUCUUAGGCCCCUUCCUAACCGUGGCUUUGAAUAUAGUUUCCAGUUCCUGUUUACUUCUAGCACUCAGGAUUAGCAACAGAUUGUCUUUUGACAGAAAUGCACUGUAGAUCUUCCUGUCAGGUCUGUUGGGGUAAACCUCCACCACUCUCCUGCCCUCCUCUUUUAUUCUUCCAGCAACAAUGAUGCCAAAUGUAACAUCAUUCAUUUUAUAGCCAGUUUAAUGUAUAUUUACUGUUUUCUCGUGUUGUAGGGACGACACGUUGGGGUGAGAAUAGUCAUAUUAUUUUUCUGGGGGGGGGGUUUAGCUAGUAGUUUUAAUGUAAAUUCAAUUCUGUGCCUGGUGCCAAAAUGUAAUUGCUUUCUUCAAAUGCCUUUUGUAGUUCUGGACCUAUUGUACAUAUGUGUUAUAAACUCACUGGGGGACAUUUUUAGGGUAAUCCAAGGUUUUGUUUCUUGCCCUUUCCAUUAAGCUGGGCAACAGAAGCACAGAAAUGUAGGGUUAUGAAUGUGUAAAUGUUGUAAAUCUUAAUUGUUGCAAAUUUAAAUUUAAUAUAAAGUAGAACUAUAAUUUUACCAUGUUAAGAUUUCUGCCUCUGGAGUUUCUUCAUUUGAAAUUCUUCUCUGAAAACUUUAUUAUUGUGUUUGUGUCCAUGUAAUAAGAUUUUAUUUCUAUUGUAUAGUUUAUAAAGUCCUCAGUGUUAAAGUACUCUCCUAGAUCACAAAUCGCACUUUUAUUGGACCAAUUUAUUGUUCAUAUAUAUAUUUUGUUUUUUUUGUGUAAUUAAUAAUAAUUAAAAUCUUUGUUUUUCACCUCUUGGAGGGCGAGAGUCCAUAGUGCCGUUUCCCAGAGUUCUUCAUGAAUGAAAAUAUGUGUGAAUGGCUGAAGGUUGUUUGUGAGAUGGACUAAUGGGUAAAACAAAACACUAUUUAAUUGAAUGUAGGCAAGUUUAUAACUGUCAUUGAAUAUGCUUUAUGAACGUGUUAUCCCUUUCAAGAAACUUUUACUCUCUCGCACACACACAGACAUGCGCUCAUAUAGUAUGUUUUGUGACGGUAGUUAUCAAAUUAACAAAGCCUAACCAGCCUGUUCAAUAACGAUGCCAUGUUCAGUAAAACCAUACAUCUGACCAGUUUUAUUUUAGACCUCUGUUAGGAAUGUAUGCAUGCUGUACUGUGAUCUGUUUGUUUUUAUCAAAGAAAUUAUAAUAAAACCAUCAUUCUUA